CAGCUGAAAGUGAUACUCCCCUUUGGAGAGUGCUCCACGCAGCCAAGCGCAACGUUAUUAGCAUUCUGCAGUGAAAACCUUUGAGCACAGCUCUCCGGGUCAUAUCAAGUUCUCAGGUGAAAUGCAGAUAGCCGCGAUAGCAUCAACAAGACAGUGCCAAGCAAUGACACGUUUGCAGAAUUGGCCGUGGAAGCAGCCGUGGGACACGGCGGAUUCUCCGACGAGCUGCUGCAGUCGCAACUUUUUCCCGCAUCUUUCUCCCUCAGCAGAAUAUGUCGUUGACCAACACAAAGACGGGCUUUUCUGUAAAGGACAUUUUGGACCUUCCUGACACAAAUGACGAAGAGGGAUCUAUCACCGGAGCGGAAGAGGACACGGAGGGCUCGGAGACCACAUCCACGACAAAAACCACUGGAGUUUUGGUGCAAAGUCCUUUAGAAAACGUUCAGAACCUACCUUUAAAGACACCCUUUUAUGACAGUAGUGACAAUCCUUACACGCGAUGGCUUGCCACUACGGACAGCAUCCAAUAUUCAUUACACGGCCUCUCAGCGAGUUCGCAGGACUCUGCCAAGUCUCCGGAACCGUCAGCGGACGACGAAUCCCCGGACAACGACAAGGAAACAUCCAGCAGCGGAGGCAGCGAUUCGGGCAAGAAGCGCAAAAGGAGGGUCUUGUUUUCCAAAGCGCAGACUUAUGAGCUGGAGCGCCGUUUCAGACAGCAGAGAUACCUGUCCGCCCCAGAAAGGGAGCAUCUCGCCAGCCUGAUACGCCUCACCCCGACCCAGGUCAAGAUAUGGUUCCAGAACCAUCGGUAUAAGAUGAAGAGAGCCCGGGCCGAAAAAGGUAUGGAAGUGACCCAUCUCCCCUCUCCCAGGCGGGUGGCUGUCCCUGUCUUAGUCAGGGAUGGAAAACCGUGUCACACUCUUAAAGCUCAGGACUUGGCGGCCACUUUUCAGGCCGGGAUUCCCUUCUCGGCGUAUAGUGCCCAAUCACUCCAGCACAUGCAGUAUAAUGCGCAGUAUGGCGCGGCCACGGCACAGUUCCCCUCAGCACAUCACUUGGUGCAGACGCAACAGUGGACUUGGUGAGAUAAAUUAUAGACACUGGCUUUUGGCUCUUUGGAGGCACAAAAUAGGGCGUGUCAACAGAGGCAGAGAUAAAGAAAAACACAAAAACAAAGAGACAUUACAUUUUGCAGCUUGACUCAUAUAUAUACUCCCAUUUUUAUCGGGGCUCAUGUGUGCGCCGUGUUUACAUGUUUUCGUUAAGAGAACUGGCUCCAAACCUCUCCCUUAUAGAUUUUAUUAAAUUUGUCAAUGCUCUUCUCGUGAACUUUUUUGUAAUUGUGUGUUGGUUGUAGAGAUGUUUUUUUCUCAUUUUUGUUAGCCCACUUUGUUCCCUCGUGUUAUUAUCGGCACGUACAAACCACUUUGUAAUUAUAGAUAAAAUAAUUUCUUGCUUCUUUUAUGGACCGAAAAAUAUUUAUGGCCAUGAAUAAACAUUGGCAACUUUUCAGCUCUUAUUCUUAUUGUUU